AUGGAAUCAAAGAACAACGUGACUCACUUUGUCCUCUUGGGACUCACACAGAAUCCAAAGGGGAGGAAAAUUCUUUUUGUGUUGUUCCUUUUCUUCUACGUUUCAACCAUGGUGGGCAACCUGAUGAUUGUCGUGACUGUAACAUUCAGUAAGAGCUUGGGCACGCCAAUGUACUUUUUCCUCGCUACUUUAUCGUUUAUGGAUGCCACUUUUUCUUCAGCCAUCACCCCCAGGUUAAUCGCAGACUUAUUGCUUGGAACAACUACUAUAUCUUUCCAGUCUUGUAUGAUCCAGCUCUUUACAGAGCACUUUUUUGGUGGUUCAGAGAUCUUUAUUCUGUUGGCCAUGGCCUAUGACCGCUAUGUGGCCAUCUGUAAGCCCUUACAUUACCUAGUUAUCAUGAAGCAAUGGGUAUGUGUUGUACUACUGGUAGUGUCUUGGGUUGGAGGUUUUCUUCACUCCGUAGUUCAACUUAGCACAAUCUAUAGCCUCCCAUUCUGUGGUCCCAAUGUCAUUGAUCACUUUAUGUGUGAUAUGUAUCCCUUAUUGAAGCUUGUCUGUACUGACACUUAUGUCAUUGGUAUCUUAGUGGUGGCCAAUGGAGGAAUGAUCUGCAGCAUUGUGUUCCUGCUCUUGCUCAUCUCGUACGUUGUUAUCUUGCAUUCUCUAAGGAACUUGAGUCAGGAAGGGAGGCGGAAAGCCCUGCAGACCUGCGUCUCCCACAUCACGGUGGUGGUUCUCUUCUUUGUUCCUUGUAUUUUUAUGUAUGCAAGACCCUUGAAAACUUUUCCUGUUGACAAAUCAUUGAGCCUGUUUUAUACAGUCAUAACACCCAUGUUGAACCCCUUAAUCUACACUCUGAGAAAUGCAGAGAUGACAAAUGCUAUGAAGAAACUCUGGAAAAGAAAAGUCAUACCUAGUAGUCAGUAA